AUGCAAUUACAGUAUCUGAUUUUCGCGUCGGCUCUCUGUUUGAGCAUGGCCUAUCCCCUGGACCAUCACUACUAUGAGGAUCAUGGCUACGAGCAGUUGGGACACGAGGCAGCGCCCAUACACGACUAUGGACAUCAGCAUCAGAUCGAACGCAUCUCGCUGGGCGAGGAGCAUGGACAUGGCUAUGAGCAUCUAGAGCAUCACGAGGAUGAGCAUGUUGACUAUUAUGCACCUCCCAAAUAUGCCUUCAAAUAUGGCGUCAAUGAUUUCCAUACUGGCGAUGUUAAAUCUCAGCAUGAGACACGCGACGGUGACACCGUGAAGGGCCAAUACUCCCUGGUCGAACCUGAUGGUUCCAUUCGCACUGUGGACUACACAGCCGACAAGCACAAUGGUUUCAAUGCUGUCGUGCACAAGACCGCGCCCGUGCAUCAUCACGAGGAAUUGCACGAGCAUCACUACUAA